CUUUCAGGGACCUCACAUCGUCGUUGACAGCUCGGGAAAGUGAGGGACUCGGGUCUUCCCGCCGCCGUUAACCGAUCGGGAAAUUGAGUGAUGGCGGGCCUUCCUGCAGAAUCUUUGGACGCGGGUGCCAGAGCCUUACUCUCAACGUUGAAACAUUCAGAGGCCGCGACGAGACGGCACUAGCGCCGUGAUGCCUGUUCUAUCUCCUUUGGGGGAUCGCGAGGGGGUCCAUCUCCAUCGCAGGCUUGUCCUCGUCUAUAAGAACGGGGUGGGGUGGACUUCUCCUCCCUUCCACCUCACCACUCAACAACACAACGCAGCAACAGCUCCCAGCUCUCAGCUCCAGCUACUCCUCAACACAACCAGUUCGAUCAAGUCUCAACCUUCCCCAGAAUGAAGUUCAUCGCCCCCAUCUUCCUCGCAUUGGCCGCUACCCCCGCCUUCGCCGCCCCCGUUGAAGGGGACACCCCAACAAACCUCGCCCACCUUGAAACCCGCGCCGCCAAAUGCAACUGGUGGAAGGGCUUGAUCUGCACUGGAGUCGUUGGAGAAACGACUGCAUGUUUUGCAUCUCUUCCUGUCACGGCCAAGGUGGUUACGGCACUGGCUGUCGUUCAGGGUCUGGCCUGCGUUUCUGCUGCACGCCAGAUCUCCGAGAACUGCAAGCCUUGCGUAGAGCAAUCACUCAAAAGAAUGUCCUCAAGCUACAAGUUGGAGAAAUGCAUCAACAAGCUUGUUCCAGCGAUUACCUACGCCAACGCUAAGAAGAUUUGCACCAGCAAUGGGUCUCCCCGCUAAGUAGCAAGUCUUAAGGCGUGGUGAACACAAUAGAAGCGUAAGGCCAUAGGCAGAUAGAUUUUAGAAGCAUAGCUGAUAGGCUAGAUUUCAGCAACCGCGCAUACAUUCCCCGACAAUUCCAAAUGUUUUAGAAAUAG